CCUGUUUAGGUGACCUAUUUGUGCCUAUAUGAGCUUUUAACUGGAGUAGUUUGCCAGUUUUUAACGCUUUUUCGGCUUCGUAUCUUCAAUCCUUCGGCACGUACAAGAGGUACGGUUCUUCGGGUGUCCACUCCCGCUUAGCUCUGGCAGGGUGAAUUGAUCAGCGACUGCUGUGCUGUCCCUGGCCCUGUAGCUGUUGACUCGCUUCUGCGUGCGCUUCAAAGUUCAACUUCAACUUAGCUUCAUGCUGUGUGGUCUGAAUUGAGGACAUGGAUGCUAUUCUGAAUAACGAAAAGAAGCCAGAAGAUGAUUAUUAUGUGCUGCUUGGAUGUGAUGAAUUAUCAACGACUGAGCAGAUCAACGCAGAGUACAAGUUUCGUGUUCUUGAGGUACAUCCCGACAAACAUCCCGAUGAUCCGCGGGCCGUUGAAAAGUUCCAGAAGAUUCAGAGAGCGCGAGAAACACUAACGGACGAAAAGCUGCGACAUGAUUAUGACCUGUGGAGGAGGAGCGGUCUGUCUAUUCCAUAUGAGACUUGGAGUGCUACAAAGGGAUCAGUACAUAUGACUAUGCAUUGGGCAAUGAAGAAGAAGAAAGAGCCAAUGUUAGAGGACGGUUCUCAGCUUCAGACCUCAUCAUCAAGCUACUCUGGACACGGUACAGAUUCUUCUGAUGGACCCGUCCCAUAUUCUGGUGUGCCUUCAAGCUGGUCUAGGGAGAAAGGAGAUGAUAUCCUUCAGAAGUUCAGAAGUUACCAGGUCUAAUCUCUUCAAACUAUCCACCUCUUGCUCCAACCUUGCCACAUUCCAUCCUCAUUGAUCAUCGUUACCAUCAUCGUCAUCAAUGGAUCAGCUGUCUUGAUGUCUAGUAUUCCAUAACUCUCUUUGGGAAAGGCAUCAAGGAUUUUGUCCAGUCAAGUGUGUCUUAACCUUUGACCUUUGAAUCCUGUGGUCUAACUUUGUAUUUCUUCUCAGUAUUUGGAUCACGUACUGUCCCAUCCGUUAACGAGAAUCAGACAAAUUGACAGAAAAAAGUUAACAUGGCCAAUAUCAUUAUCUUGGUAGUUAAGUUGCCUGAUCCAAGUUCCAUAAGGGCUAUAUGUACGUGGAAGAUGAAGAUGUCACAUAUCUAUGCUGCAAAAUAAUGACCUAUUCAUUACCACUGACCCCCUCCCCCAAUCGUCAUUGGAUUGUGAUAUUUAGUAUGACGUGAAUUUUGUACGAUUUGAUAAAGGGAAAUCAUGCUUUCAAUUCUCUACAUACCUGUAGGCAUGUCCACCUUCCCAGGUACUUGCCGUAACUUGCGAUCAUGCUUUUACGAAUCACAGAAUUUUUCUUGAUAGUUACAGUGCCAGUAGGAUACUCAUACAAAAAUUUCCUGGGGACCUAGCGUUGAGUUAUUCCAUUGACCUCUUUGUAAUGAAUUAACUACAAUACUUGGAAUCUUGUCUGCAUACAUUACUUGUUGCUAUGUCUGGCAAGCUUUCAGGUUGUCAAGUUUAAAAAGUAUGCAUCAAAUUUGAAUAUGUUAGUUAACCUACUGUAUGUAUGUCUUGACACUGGAUUUUGGCAUCAUCCUCAUCAAAAUGUAUUCGCCCUAUAUACAUAAAACUAGUCAUCACCCUUUGCCCUUUGGGGAAACUGCUACCAGCACAUUUUAAAAGUUUCGUAUAACACUACAUAUCGUCACUAUUUCCACGAAGUGACGGUAGUGAGGAAAAUCGUAACGCAAAGUGAAUGCAAUUUGUUUUCACUACCGUCACUUUGUGAAAACAGCGACGAUAUAUAUCCCAUCCAUUUAGUGUUUGCCUUGUUUUUAUAUCAUUUGUAUUCAAGCUAUCUGUAAACAGUUUGUUGUCAACAGGGUCAUUUUUUUUCUUGAGUUGUUUUAUUUUAAAUAUACUUAUGGCUUUGGGAUCUGUGCAUAUACAGUAUGAAUAAACUACUGUUCCUUUAAAUAUAUCCUUAGACUCAAGAAUGUGAAACUGUCCUUGUCUAUACAUAUCAAUAUAUUAGAAGAUCAUGAUGCAGUAAAUUAUUACAUACAUGUACAGUUAUGUAUUAAUCCUCUAAAAGUUUGGUUCUUGUUAUGAUGUACAGGGAGAAGUACAUAUGUAUCGAGUUUAAAUACAAUGUAGUUUGUAAUCUAUUAGUCAUUGCUUUAAAAAAUGUAAUAAUUGUUUGUACAUUUAAAGGCAUGAAUAUACGUGUAUAAAUUACCACGACCUACACUAUCAAAGCUCCCCCUGCCUUCUCUCCCCCUCUCUCUCCCUCUCUCUCAUUCUCUUCCUUUUUUUUGUGAAGAUUUUAAAUGUUUUGCCCUCUUGCCCCUAUUUAUUAAGUACUAUAAAGUUAUUCAUUUAAUACUCAAUCCAAAUGACUUUUUGGUUGUUCUAAUAUAAGAAUGAGUAUUUGUGGGGGCAGUGACUUUAAGUCUCUGAUAGUUAGUGUACAUUAGAUUGAAUUCUUUCAAACUUAGUGUGUUAUUCCCAAAACAAUAUCACCAACUUCCAUGUUUGUUGAAGUAUUAUGAAAAAACUACUUGUUGUACAUGUAUUGUAAUAUUUCAUUCUUGAUAUUUCAAAUAGUGAAUGUUAGUAAAUGGUAUUCAAAUAUAUGUUAUUGUAAAAGUUGUGUACAAAAUAAAUAUACAGUAUCAUAUAUAUCAAA